CGCGCGGUUUGAAAGAGCAGGAGAAGCAGAAGAGGAUUUCGAGGGCUCCAUUGUGGCUCGUGCGGACACCGGCGAUCGAGCGGACAAAGCUUGGCGGGCCGGGCAGAGGAGAGCACGGAGCGGGGGAAAGCCUGGUGAGAGGGGGGAGAAUUGCUUUGGACUCAAUCCUUGCUACUGGUGUCGGGGAGAACGCGGCUCGGGCGUGAGUUGCUCCUUUACUUCUGCAACGGCCGCGGCGGGUGAUUUAAGUCUCCCGCUGCCCCUCCUAAUGUGAGCGCUGAGCAUGUCUCAUUUUGGGUACUCGUGAAAACCUCCCCCUUUCACUAGGUUGGCAGUCGUAUUCGUAAUUCUGGGCAUUUAUUUACCCACCUUAUUCCAAUUCCUCUUUAUCUUAUGGGACCUGGAAGAUACGUUACAGACGCUAGGCUUGAGGCGAGUCUCCUGAAUUAAGUUGCUCUCAUAGGGAAAGGAAGAGGUGGAUCCCAAAGGCAGAUUAGGUCGAGUGGCAUGUUCUUUUUAAAUAACCCUUUGCAGAAGCUGGUUAAAGAAGCUACGCUUGCACGAAGGUCACAUUCGUUGCUGCUACAGUAGUGUCUGAGCCAAACAAUGCACUUUCUAGUACUCCCAUAACGAAACAAAGUGCCCACAUGACAGUGUUUUCGCUGUAGUCCUAACCCCACUUCCUUGGAACUAAGUCCCAGUGGAUUUAUUUCUGAGUAUAUGUAGUUGGGAGUGUACUUAAGGGCUGUCCCUUGGUUGGUAUUCAACAUGUGUUGAAUACAGAAGGUCCCAGGUUCAGUCCCUGACAUCCUCAGGUAGUGCACAGACUGAGAAAGAUGCUCUUUGAAACCUUGAGAGCUGCACUCAGCAGGUAGAAGAGGCAAUACUGGGCCCAUAUGGAGCAAUGGUCAGGUAAGGUACCUCCGGAUUUUUUUCUACUUAGUUUUUCCUAGAAUGCAAUGCAUCUUUAGCCGAGGUAUGUUGCUGGUAUCCCAUCUACUGUUUGGCUAGUGGAGGUUGUGGGGGUUGUUUGUGCUAAUGGUAAUUAUCCUCUAAUUUAAUUCUUUUCUGUUGAGGUUGUAAUAAAAAGUCUUAUAUAAAUAAAAAAUGUACCAAGCAAACACGUACAUAAACCACAUGUCUGAAGCAGCACAGGAAGACAGUCCUGAAACCAUUUUGACUCCCAAACUGACCAAAUGUUUCUCUGCAAGGGGGGGGGGGGAGGGAACCUUCCCAUUGUCUCAGGAAUUAAGUAAUUACCAUCUCAAAGGAAUAGCCAGACUACCAGAAAAGGCAAUCAGAUAAGGCAUUAUCAGAUAACCUGGCAGACAGGAGAAACAACAACAUUCAAAUGUUUGUUGUAGAUGCCUUUUCUGUGAUGUAUGUAUGAUGUAUGGAAGGCUGGUCUUGAGCUCCAGAGCAGGGAAUUUCAAAAUGUCUGGGCACACCUUUGUUCUGGGUCCUCCUCCUCUCUUCCUGUGUGUGGGGGAGCACCCUGUUGCAACAGUUAAUAAAGGUCUGGCUUACUAGCUGCUUUGCUUCUCAAUAUUCUCUGGUUGGCCUCUGUUAUUUUCUCCUACCGAUGGAGAACCUACAAAUGACUCUAUAAGGGCUCUUGUGUACCCCAUAAGGGAAUAAGGACAGAUUUUGUUUACAUCAUGGGCUGCUUCUUCAUUGUUUUAGUUUGGGAAUAGAAAUCUUGCUGCAACAAUAAAGCGAUCAAGGCUUCCUAGCUGCUGUUUUGCUUUGAUUUGUCCGGCUAUGGUUUCUUGCUUGAACCUGACCGAUUCAGAACCCGCAGGGCUAGGCCCUAGUGAAGCUGGGAAACGAUUUCAGUAUUGUACCCCAAGAUUAUAUCCUUAUCAUAGGCAUCACACAUUUUGCAGUUAUAGGAAGUGUUGUUAUAAUUUAUUUAGAAGUGGCAAGGGACCUGGAAACCAGUGGCAAAGUCUGGCAGUGGAACUUAUGCUUCUUUUUCUAUUCCUCAUCCUAUGAUGGGCUUCUCUUGCAGCAUCAGUGUGUAGUUGCUAUGGCCUCCCCAGUAGGGCUGUUAUCUGAUGAAGAAGCUGUCACGUCUCCUGUGCUGGAGUCCACUAUGGCAGAAUGUGGGGCUGGCUUGUGCCGAGACCUCUUGGCGGAGUUCUCUGCCAUCUCUUCAAGCAGUGAGCAGGUAAGACCAGUGAGGUGAAGAACUAAAACCCUUGUUUGUGCUCCCUCGGGGGUAGCCAAUGUGAUGCUCUUUAAUAUGGUUGGACUGCAGCUGCCCAUCAGCCCUGUCCAGCAGGACCCAUGGUUGGGAAAGAUGGAGCUGUAGACCAACAGCGUCUGAAAAGCACCUGAUUGGCUACCUCUGGUCUGGUUUCAAAACAAUUAAAAAACAGCAAAAUGAUUGGGCUAGUAUUGCCUACCUCUCCUAGGUAUGAACCUAAAAGUCACAUGUGGCUUCUCCACAGGCCGCUUCUGAUGACAAUGGAAAAGUGAAGGUAUAUGCAAGAGUGCGACCCCUGACACCAGCCGAGAUGGAGAAACAGGAAGAUAAAGUGAGUUUAUAGGCAAUGCAUGGGCCAGCAUCUAAGGUGGGGGGGGCCCUGCUUUUGCCAAUCUCCUGGGAGGGGAUAGACACUGGUCUCUGCCCUUAUCCAGAGGUAUAAUCACACCAGGAGGUUGCCCCCUUUCGCUCUCUGGCAAGGGGAAGAGUAGUCUGGCCCCAGCCUAUCCCCCUCACCAAGCUGCAAUUCCCCGAGUUCUUUAUAAAGAAGGAUUGAUUGUUAAGCCAUUCUGGUAAUUGUAGCUCUGUGAAGGGAAUAGGGGCUCUUAACGACUCUCAGCACCUUUUAAAAAAACAACAACACAGCUCCCAUAAUUCUUUGGGGGAAGCCACAAAUGUUUAAACUAGUAUCAGGGGGUGCUCCUGCUGUGGCAAAUAAUGUUGAAUGCAGAAUGUUAACUGUCCUCUCUAGGGCUGCGCCUGUAUUGACGAUUCCGAGACCCUUCUUCUCAAAGCACCAAAGGAUUCCUUCACCAUGAGAAACAUUGAACGGGGGCUUGGUCAGGCGGUGCACAAAUUCACCUUCACUCAGGUACAUACUUGGAUCUUGGGUUUAUGUAGGAUUCAACAUGGACACCAGUUUUUUUUUAAGGAUUUUGCAGGGCUCCACUGAGGAAAAAGUGGAGAAGCAGGGGCAACCCUUCCCCUCUUCGUUUUACUUCCUAACUCUAACCCCCUGAGGGGGAAUGUGUGGCCUACCUCAUAUUUUGACCUGCAACUCCCAUCAGCCCUAGCCAGCACUGCCAAUGGUCAGGGAUAAUGGAAGUUGUAGUUCAACAAUGUCUGGAAGGCCCCAGGUUCCCUUUCUCUGCUCUCUAAAGGGACUAACCUGUAACAUUUGGGGUUGCAGAUCUUUGGGCCAGAGGUGGGCCAGGCGGAUUUCUUUGAUGCAACGAUGAAGGAUGUGGUGAAGGGUGUGCUCCAUGGGCAGAACUGGCUUGUUUACACCUAUGGCGUCACUAAUUCAGGGAAGACUUACACCAUCCAGGGUAAGAAGCACUCAGUCUGUGCUGGCUCAGGCAAGCACCUCUGCCUAGUGGCGGGGGGGGGGCACUUGUCUCAGCGUCUGCUCACUUCUUCUUUGACUUGCAGGUAGUGGUGCUGAUGCGGGGAUCCUGCCUCGCUCCCUGGCCAUCAUUUUCAAUAGUAUUGGGACACGGUUGUACCGCGCCAUGGAUCUGAAGCCCUUCCUCUCGAGUGAGGUGAUCUGGCUGGACAGCAAGCAGGUUCGACAGGAGGAAAUGAAAAAGCAGGCCCUGCUUUGCGGCAAGAUGAAGGAGGUGAGUGUCCCUCCUGCUCGUCGAGUCUCUUGUUAUAAGAAGAAAAAUGCCCUGAUCUGCAACUCAGUGGUCUUCCUUCCUUCCUUUGGAAUUACAGGAGGAGCUGUAUACUUCUCUGAAUAGAAGUCACAGCACAGCAUCCCAGCUGCAAGCAGGCACAAGCGGAAGCAUUGACAGUGGCUUAGGUGGCCUCUCUUACAGCUGCCAGUCUGUCAACCUGACAAGCACCAGCCACCUAGAAGGUACCUACCGCCCUGAGCCACCUGUUUGGGGACAGGUGGUUUUCUAAUUGUCACGAUCAAAGCUGAGAAGUACCUCAAGAGGUGUGGAAUCUCAAAAUAGAUAGGGCCACCCAACCCACAAGAGAGCAAGGGGGGAUAUCUAGUGAUAGCAUCCAUAUAUCAAUUUUAUAACAAUGUUGAGGUGGUUUAUGGGGACUCAUUGAUGGGCUUUACAGGAGAGGGUCUUUGGGCUUCUUUUGGAGGGGCUUGUAAAAUACUCCCUCAAAUCGCUUUUGGCUUGGCCAUUGCUUGAUGGCCAAAGCCAGUCUUCUGUCACUAACUAUAAAGCAGAAAGCUGGACUGUUGCUAAAAUCUUAUUUACCAUUCAGUAGAAGAUUUGUAUUUUACCACUCUCUGAUUUCACACGUGAGGGCAUGCAAAGGCCUUCAGAAGAGUGAGUGGGCUAGCAAUGAAGGGACUUACAGGAGACUUAAAAUCAAGGCAGAUUCAGAGGCAUGUGAGAAAUUUUGCAAGGGGAGAUGCCUAUGGCCUUCUUUAACAGGGCAACUGCUGUGUGUUAAAAGGGGGGGGGAAUUAUAAAGUUAAUGGGGAGCCAGGCGAGGGCAUUGGGAAGGGACAUUGUGUCUUUUGGAUGAAUUUCAGCUGUGGCAAUCACUGGCAAUAUACACGUUUGGUUUUCAUUGACAGAGACAGGGCCUCGCUGGGCUGACCCAGAUAAUGUCUCAGUGCUGGCACAAGACGAUGUGCAGUUUUCCAUCUGGGUCUCCUUUUUUGAGAUCUACAAUGAACAGAUUUAUGACUUGCUGGAGACGACCACACUUGGCCCAAACUGCAAGAGGCCCACCUUGCGGCUGUGCGAAGAUCAGACCGGCAAUCCCUACGUCAAAGGUAGAGACUGGCCAGCUUACCCAGCCAGCGGUUUUCCCGUAGCUUGAUCCACUGGCAGUCUGUGGGUGGCAGCAUUGGUAACGUGGGCUGUGUAACGGAAGAGGGUCUUGUCUGCUUGCUGAGGGUGAUCCCUCGUAGAGAUGUGAAGCCUGAAGCCACAUAUUCCUGUUCCCAGAUCUGAACUGGAUCAAUGUUCAAGAUGCUGCUGAGGCCUGGAAACUGCUGAAACUGGGCAGGAGAAAUCAGAGCGUUGCCAGCACCCACAUGAACCAGCAUUCUAGCCGCAGGUCUGUAACAGCACCAUAAUUUUAUUUAUUAGCAGAGGGGUGGGGUGAAAGUGUGUGUCUCAGGAUUGGCAAAACAUGUCUUUCGCACAAGAAAACAAAACCCACGGAGGUAGGAGGGCAGGUCUGUGUGUAUGAGAUAGGGAAUGGGGGUGACAAUCUGAGCCCAAGCUACUGGUUUUCAUUACUCUUUUGCUCUUUGCAGUCACAGCAUUUUCUCCAUUCGCAUUCUGCACCUCCAGGAAAGCAGCAGUGGGAUGGAGCCAAAAAUCAGCGAGUAAGUCAAAGUUUUUGCAUGCAGCGAAGGGCAGAAUUAUGAGUUUCCCUGUCAGUUGGCCGAAGGGCAAUCUCAUUUAAGGGUAGGGGAGUUCAGAAGGGCAAAUGGGGUGUGUGGGAGAGAGUCCUCCCCCCCAGUCACAAUGGGCACUUCUCAGACAGACGCCCACUGUAUGUGUUGGUGUAAAGCUUUCAGGGGCUUUUCCAGUAUCCCUGCAAUGUGCCAGACCUGGAAUGAAAAUUUGUAAUUAGUCCCCCGUUUUGCUUACCUGAAGCAGAGCAACCUAAAUCUUCCAUAGCACUGAAUUAACAGGUUUUAGUUGGGUGUAUUUGGCAGUGGUUGACAUGUCUGGUGUGCAGGAUUUCUAACCUGAAGAAUGCAACACUUGGGUCUGGUAGGAUUAGACUUCCUGUAUCCUGAUACUGACACCACCCUCCCUCCUCCCCAGGAUGUCCCUCUGUGACCUGGCCGGCUCAGAGCGCUGCAAAGAACAGAGAGUCGGGGACCGCCUGAAAGAGGCAAAUAACAUCAACACCUCCUUGCACACGUUGGGGCGUUGCCUCACUUUGCUGCGCCAGAACCAGCAGACCAGGUAAAGCUCUUCCUAGCUCUCAGUCUGACAGCUCCUCAUAGCUCUGACUUGAACCCAGCAAGGAGUGCUUCCUGUAGGAUGUCCUCUCCAACUUGAGAUGUUGCUGGUUGUGUGUAGGGUUUGUCGAAUUUGAUUGCCGGCAGGUGGGGUGCCGGCUAUGGUUGCUGCUUUUCUGCUCCAUUUCUGGGGCUUAAAUCCUCUUCCUGUAUCCUUAACAGGCUGAAGCAGAGUGUCGUUCCUUUCCGGGACAGCAAGCUCACCCGUGUGUUCCAAGGCUUCUUCACAGGACGUGGGCAGUCCUGUAUGAUUGUUAAUAUCAACCCAUGUGCUUCAUCGUACUAUGAGACUCUUCACGUGGCUAAGUUUUCAGCUAUUGCUAGUCAGGUGAGACACAAAGUUGUUGAAGGUAAAACUAGGUGCCUGCAAGGUUCCAUAAAUGUUGGCUGGCCUUUGAAGUUUCACUGCUAAUCCUUCCUCUCUCUCUCUUGUCCCCUCCCCUCCCCCCGGUGUACCCCAAAGUGUGCUUGUUACACUUGUACUCUCUCUCCUACACCUCUUACGUGUUUCCCCAUUUUCUUUCCUUUAAUAAUGAUAAUAAUUAAUAAUAAUUUAUUAUUAAUUUAUUAUUUAUACCCCGCCCAUCUGGCUGGGUUUCCCCAACUCCCAACAGAAUAUUAAAAACACGAUAAAACAUCAAAUAUUAAAAACUUCCCUAAACAGGGCUGCCUUCAGAUUUCUUCUAAAAGUCAGAUAAUUGUUUAUUUCCUUGACAUCUGAAGGGAGGGCAUUCCACAGGGCGGGCGCCACUACCGAGAAGGCCCUCUGCCUGGUUCCCUGUAACCUCACUUCUCGCUGGGAGGGAACCGCCAGAAGGCCCUCAGUGCUAGACCUUGGUGUAUGAGCUGAACAAUGGGGGUGGAGAUGCUCCUUCAGGUAUACUGAGUUGAGGCCGUUUAGGGUUUAAAGGUCAACACCAAUUCUUUGAAUUGUGCACAGAAACGUACCUAUUUAUUUGUAUUUAUUGCAUUUGUUUACUGCACUUUGCCUGUAGAUCUCAAGGCAGUCCACGACAUAAAAAUGCAAAAUGCAUAAUAAAAACAAGAAUGAAACAAACUAAUAAGCCCCCAGACCCCAGCCUCUCUUCUCCAGUAUCUUCUCCACACCUUACCUUGGCAACCUUUGGCUAAGUUCAGCAGCACCUGCAAUUCCCUCUCUGAAGGACCCUUGGGUGCUGGUGUGCUAUGUAGCACAGCUGGUUGGCUGCAAGAGAGCAGAGAAACGGGCAAGAUUAGGGAAUAUGGUAUAUCUCAAUCCUUGCCAGGGAAGAAACAGACUUUCCAUAGUAUGAGGAAGGACAGAUAGCUGAUUGUACUUCUAGGGAGGGCUAGAUGUGGCUUAUUAACCUCCAGGCAUGGAUGUCAACUGGGGCAGGAGAAUUUCCGACAAUGUGUUAAACUGGCUAGGUUAAACAUAAGGCUGUAGCACAUGGGUGGGAAAGCGAGGGCCAGAUGCAGGCCUCUGCCUUGGCCCUGGGAUUCUCCCUAGGCCACAUCCCCCUGUGCUAUCCUCAGGUGCUUUUGCCUGGCUGGGAUGUGCCCAUUGCUCUUUGGAAUAUGCCAACAGCAACACUUUGUAUACCUUCCAGAUCCUACAAGCUCCUACAAAGCUCCUGUCGAUUCAGUCUCUCAUCAAGGAGCACAGCCUCCGGGGGAAGAAGAUCGCUGAAGAAGUACCGUAUCAAGAAGCUGAAUCGGAUGAAGAGAGCGAGGAUGAAAUGGAUGUGACCACAUAUGACAAAGAGGCAAGUGCUUGUUUGUCUGUCACUCACUGAGAAAGUCUCCCAUUGGCAGGGUCCUUUGGUAGACUGGAGCAGUCAGAAAACCUCUUAUGGACCCAGCCAAGAAUAGACCGUGAAGUGUCAACUGAGGUUCAAAAAUUCUGUGCCCUCACGCAGGAAAAAAUGUAAAGCUGUCUGAUGCAAUGAUAGCCAGUUACCGCUAGGCUCCAAAACCUCCUUUGGAUACUUACUUGCCCAUUAAAAAUUGAGUAGCUGUAGUAAUGCUUGGAUGUCUGGGGCAAUUCCUCAACUUGGCUGUUCUGGAAAACCUGGGACUCAGCUACAUUAGUCAAAAACCUGCAUUUUAAAUGCGUUAUAAACAUGCAACACCAGAUGGCGCUGGAGUGCACAAAACUUUUCUAUGCGAUUUUACAUACAGGGUUUUUAAAAAAAUUGUUAAAUGAUUGAAUUUAUGACUUACAGCGUUUUAUUCCUGUGUGUAGAUCCACCCCAGUUGUCAUGUUCCUUUCCUCUCUUCCUUCAGGACCUGUUGCGUGUGGUUGAAGCUGUGCGAGACCUUCUGCUGAAAGAGCGGCAGGAGAAGUUUCAGCUGGAAAUGCGUCUCCGCGAUGAGAUCUGCAAUGAAAUGAUGGAUCUCCUACAGAAGAAGGAACAGUGGACCAGGUACUGCUGGUGGCAGAGGGCUUUGGAGGCACGUCUCCUCCUUUCCAGGAUUGGGCCUUGGCGGUCCAUCCCACAUCUUGUCUGUUCUUGAUAUGACUCUUUCCCUGCCCACCCACUUUCACCUUCCUCUCUGCAGUGAGCAUGUGGACAUCCAAAAGGAGAUGCUGGAGGACGUUUAUGAGGAGAAACUGAACAGUCUGAAGGAGUCACUUACGGACUACUAUCAGGAGAAGAUUGAGGUGCGUGGGGUGAAAGAGCUGUGGGAAGGAGGUGCUGGAGGGUUUCCUGAGGGCAGGACAUUGCAGUUCCAAACCUUAGCACUGACCUGAAGCAAGGCACCCAGUUUUAUUGGCAUCUGCAAAACUGCAGGGCCUCAUGACAUCUUUUAAAAGAUUUAACAAAUUUAUAACGGCAUACGUGUCGUCAAAUGUGUGCUCUAAGUCCAUGAUGAAAGCUUAUGCCAGGGACACCCCAACGUUUUUGGAACCAGGGGCACAUUUGGAAAUCUCAGAAACUGUCAUGGGCACUAAUCAAAAGCCAUUUUACAUAAAGAAAAAAGCACACCUGCCAGUUCUCAGAACCCCCAAAACACCCACACCGUGCUCCCCAAAACGAAGACAGGCAAAAGCAUGCCAUGCACCCCAAAAUAAGGCAACCCCCACAAAAAAAGGACAAUUGAAGCAAUUCAGGAAGAGCAGAGGGUGUUUGGGGGGUUCAGUGAGGGUGUCUGAGGGUUCCAUGGUCGGAAACCCUAGCUUAUGACAUGGUGAUUUCAGUCCACACAGAAGAAAGUUUGGGCAAGCAGGAGUGACCUGUGCACAGUUCAGGAACGUUUUCAUAUAACUGGAGAAUGCGGGGGGGGGGGGGAGAAAAAUGCCUUUCCAUAUGUGUGUGGAACAGAUCUGAGCUGCGAAGAGACUAGCUAUCUCACAAACAGCCUACUGAAGGCUUAUAAAUAAAUAUGCAAGAGUUUUGUGUGUGUUGCCCUUGGAGGAGUGAACUACAAAUGUGAUUUGAUAGGUUCUGUAUGCAGGCGCAUUCGUGGAAUCCUUUGCACACUUGGCACUGAAACUUGGCUCUGCCAUGGAUUUCUGGGUGCAUGAGAGUCUGCCCAAAUGAGAAUCUCACAACCCUGCAGGACAGGGAUGGCAACCCAUGGCCCUUCCAGAUGUUGUUGAGCUCCAGUUCUCCGGGGUGAUGGAAGCUGUGGUCCAGUAACAACCGGAGAGUAGUUGCCGGUUCCCCAUUCCUACUAUAGGAGAUUCUGGGGAAGUUUGAUCAGCUUAUCUUCUGCUGCUGCUGUUCAUUCUCAUCUCAAAUUGGCAGGCUGCAUCUUCCCAAACAGAGCCUUUCCUGUAAAUUGUCUUGUUUGUCUCCCUCAGAGUCAGGAUGAAAAGAUAAAAGAGCUGCAGGAUGCCUUGCAAGAAGCAAAACGGCAACAGCAGCUCCAAGAGAGAAAGGAGGCAGAUCCGGAGCAGACUCCUCGCAAAUCCAAACGACUGGCAGCAGCAACGCCUGCCCAGAAUCAGGAAUUGCUGCAGGCGAAAGCCAAGUUAGAGCAGUGUCAAGCAGAGCUGCAAAGAACUACAGAAGGUGAGGCGUUCUCCCCCUUGUAGUCGCAUGGGCUCCAAGCAGGUGGUUGUCAAGAGAUCAGACUGCGCAGCAUCAGUCUAGUGAACUGCAAGCUGACCUAGCAUUUGGGAACCUUGGCUUCUGUGAGUGAGCGGCCAGGAAGUGUUAAAGCACACCUAGGAUAUCUGCCUAUUAUUAGUGUGGGACCCCUGCUCCUCCUUGAGAGCAGGUCUCCUUUUAAGAAGCUGUAUUAUAACAGGUCAGGCCGUGGGACCAGUUUUGUCUUUCCCAUCCACCGAUACAUGACUUUUAAAGUGGGGGUACCUGGGAGGGAACCCGAAAAGCUUUGCAUGCAAAUCCCAUUCCCCAUCUUUAUCUCUGUAAAUGGUUGCGCAUUGCAAGAAGUACAAGGAGUGGAGACUUAAUAUUAAAUACUUUUUUAAUGUGGCAGGUUCCCACCUGACAGAGGUCAAAAUUAGAGGGGGGGGGAGAGAAUCCAAAUAAUUGAUUUAAGGCCAUUUUUGUUUAAUAUUUUAAAUGCCCUACCAAAAUUAUGCACUUUGAUCAAAUUAUAAAUUUCUUUGAGCAUGUUUCUUUGCAAGACAAUUGAAAUACUCGUAGCCCUGAAAUAGCAAGGUCUGGGGUGGUGAAAGCCAAAGAAGGCGGAUAAAGUCCCCUUGACUAUUAGGAUCCCACCCGGUCGUCAUCCUUCAAAUGCUCCCCCUGCCCCACAAGCAUGAGGUCUAGAGACAUACCGUAUUUUUCGCUCUAUAACACGCACCCGACCAUAACACACACGUAGUUUUUAGAGGAGGAAAACAAGAAAAAAAUAUUCUAAACGAAACAGUGGAUGUAUGAUUUUUGUGGUUCAUGCUGUGGCCACAGACAUGUGAUCUGACGGUGAGUUUGGGGUAGCCCAAUGCAAAAAUCCUGAGGAUCCAUGUGGAUCCAUGCUUUGUAACCACGUUUUUGCGCCAUUGCGGCCCCAUGAAACAGUGGGUGCGUGUGUUUUUUGGUGCAGGCUGUAGCCAUGGACAUGCUAUCUGAUCUGAUGGUGAAUUUGGGGUGACCCACUUCAAAAAUCCUGAGGAUCCAUGUGGAUCCGUGCUUUGUAACCACGUUUUAAGUGGGGAGGGAAGGAAAAGCACUCGAGGGACAAGGAGCACGCAUGGGGUGGGUGGAGAAGGAUGCUGCUAAUAAUGAAGAAGAGGGGUUUAAGGGGAGAAGGAACACGUGGGGUGUGUGGAGAAGGAUGCUGCUAAUAAUGCAGGAGAGGCUCCUCUCCUCUCCCGCUUUGCUCCUUUAAAACAAGCAGGCUCUGCUUCUCUCCCUCCUCCCCGGCUCGGCAGCUGCCGAAAGGCUCACACUCCCACUUAAAGAUAGUUAAAAGCAACACGCUAAGACAAACAAAGGAAACCACGAUAGUAACCACUCUGACAAAUCAAGAAAAAUUGCGACCAACACUCUCCCCCAACAAGCGCAGUGAGGUGAAAACACACACGCACACACACAGAACCGGCCCUAAAGUCACAGGGGCGCUGGAAGUUGCAGGGGCGCUGGGGGAGUGAACGGGAAGCAAGAGAAGGAGAACGAUCCCUCACACACAGAGAGACACACAGAGUAUCAAUCCUAAAGUCGCAGGGGCGCUGGGAGAGUGAACAGGAAGCAGGAGGAGAAGAACAAUAGCUCAAGCACACACACACACACACACACACACACACACACACACACACACACACAGCCCCUACAGUGGCUAAUCCAAAAUCGGACAGCAAAAAACUGCAGGCAGGGACAGAGAGCACGGGGUUGUUUUAAAGCAGCCAACCGGACAGGAGCCGCUUACACUCGUGUAAGCGGCUCCUCUCCUCUCCCACUCUGCUUCUCUCCCUCCUCCCUGGCUGGGCUCGCUGACAGGAGCCACUUACACCCGCUUUGCUGUUUCAAAGCAAGCCACGGACUGCUCACGACUGCAGCAGAUUCCCCCGCCAUCCGUAGGCAUUCGCUCCGUAACACGCACAGACAUUUCCCCUUACUUUCUAGGAGGAAAAAACUGCGUGUUAUGGAGCGAAAAUUACGGUAAUGCAGAGACGAACCUGGAAAAUAUACAGUAGUACCUCAGAUUACAUACGCUUCAGGUUACAGACUCCGCUAACCCAGAAAUAGUGCUUCAGGUUAAGAACUUUGCUUCAGGAUGAGAAUAGAAAUUGUGCUCUGGUCGCACAGCGGCAGCGGGAGGCCCCAUUAGCUAAAGUGGUGCUUCAGGUUAAGAAUAGUUUCAAGUUAAGUACGGACCUCCGGAACGAAUUAAAUACUUAACCUGAGGUACCACUGUAGUUCAUUCCUAUGUUUAGUGCCCCUGGUCUAGCAGUAUAUUUUCUAAAUCUUCACCAUUUCCUAUUGUAGGGUAAACUAUUUUGCUCUCCUCUGGCCUGGUCAGACUUCCAAACUGCAUUCUUGCUAUAGGACAUGGCUCUGUAGCAGAAGGGAUUAAAGCGAUGCACAACUUCUCUAAAAAUAGCAUUGUCGGGGUUCAAAUCUGGCUUGAAACAUUGCUCCUUAAACUGAAGAGUGUGGGAAAAGGCCUGGGUAGCCUGGCAGUUCUUGGGGAGUAUGUUCAGCAUUGCACAUUUAAGAAUUCAGCUCUUGUAUUGAGGACUGGCAAAAAUAAUUUUAACGGUUGGGCUAAAUUGGAAUGAUCUGUGGUUUGUCCUUAGAGUUGCGUAAACACCAGAAGAUGCUGGAGCCUCCACUUUCCUCAAAGCCCAUUACAACAAAUGUGGACCGGAAGCUGGAAGAAGGCCAAAAGGUAACUGCCAGACCUUCCUUUCCUGGCAUCUGCCAACUUCCUUCCUUUACCCUGGCCUGAAUGGCACUGUCUCUGAAACCUUCAUCUGCUGCCAAUGGGUGCAUAACUUCUUGUUCUCCCCAACCCCAACUUGCCACUGUAUGUAGUCCAGUCUUCCUUAAGGGGCUGGACGCUACCUUGUGCUUAAAUGUCCUUCCCUCUCUCAGAAUGUAAGGAUGCUGAGAUCUGAACUGCAGAAACUUGGGGAGUCCCUCCAGUCAGCCGAAAGAGCAUGUUGCCACAGCACAGGAGCCGGGAAACUCCGUGAAGCUCUCUCAAAGUGUGACAACAUCCUGGCGAAGCAGGUAGGUGAAGGAGUCUCCCAAAUUUCAGCAGCUUACAGGGGGCAUGCAUGCUCUGCUACACAAGAUUUAGUUUUGUCCAUUUUAGUCAGUUUACAUUGGUGCCUGUAGACUGAACCAUAAAAAUUUCAGAUCCAGCAGCACAACACACACACGUAUAUCCAAGGUGACCUUUGAUUUGAUGGUGGAAAGCCUAUGAAAUAGAUAGAUAAAUCCUUAGUGUCCUUAAGGUUCUGUGCCUUGAUCCAUUUUUAUCUUGUAAACUGCUCUGAGAUCUUCAGAUGGAGUGUGGUGUAUAAAUUAAAUACAUUGUUGUUGUUGUUGUUACUACUACUAUUAUUUAUUUGUACCAAGAUUGUGCUUGAAAGUGCCAGAUCUGAUGUUUAUGUUUUGGUCCAUGGAGACAGAUGCCACUGGCUGGGGAGAAGUGGGGGAAAUACCAUAUAAAAACAUGGUGCCAGUUUUUUAAAAACAUUAAACCAUUUUCUGGAGUAGUUUGUUUGUGCUCACAACCACACUGCAUUACACAACAGUAGUGACCAUAGAAUCAACUCCUCCUCCCUCAGUUGUCAUAGACCAGUCCACAGGAUUUGGUGGCUGGCUGAAGCAGUCCCAGAGGGCCCUUGUUAAGGUCCAGGCACCUGUCAUCUUCAUCUCUCUGUAAUGUUUCUGAGUCCGUAAGCAUUUUCAGAAGUCUUCACAUUCAGGGUAAUUGGCUGAAAUGAUUGGCACCUGUCUGACAAGAGGGGAGGCUCCAUCUUCAUAAAACUGAAUUUCUCCACUGGCUCUUCCAGGACCAGACUUUGGCCGAGCUGCAGAACAACAUGAUGCUGGUGAAGAUGGAUUUGAGGAAGAAAGCAGCCUGUAUUGCAGAGCAAUUUCACACUGUGCAGAAGCUCCAAGCAGCACCGACCUCUUGCAGCAAAAAACGGUUUUGUGCCAACAAUGAAAAUGUGCAGCCCAGAAGUCAACCUCCCUUCAAGAAGCCUUUCUUGCACAAUUUCCUGACUUGCACAACAGCCAUGCCUGCUGUAGCAAUAGAGACCCCCUAUAGUAGUAUCCUACGUGCCCGUGGCUCUCCAACAUCUAAAUCCAUGGCUUUUGGCAAAAAACACUGACUUUUUGGGGGUUGUAGUGUACCUGGGCACAAGCAACCGGUUGAUAACUUUAAUAUUUUUCUUCACGUUAAUGUGUUGAGGCCUGAGCUAACUAAAUCUUUGGCUUCCCAAAGAUGGUUACUUACUAUGCAUGCCCUCCGUUUCAGGCCAGCUGCUACUCCAGUGUAUAUGGAACCUGGAUUCAUAUUCCUUAUGUUUAUCACCUCCAAUAGCUUAUGUUAUGCAUGUGAAAUGUUUAUUAUCUAUGUUAAUUGUAUAAUAAAUGUACCUUGUGUCUUCUAAAA